AUGGCAGAGGGUACAGCAACUACCGGCGGUACGACCCAUACACUCGCGUUAGACGUGGCUGAUUAUUGUAGUGGUCAAUACCUGAUGCCUGUGGAUGACAAGGAGCAGGAAAGGCUUGAUAUCAUGCAUACCAUGAUUCUUGCAGCACGGCCGAAAAGACAUCGACUUCACCACGCCCCUCUAAGAGAGAUGUACGAUCCUGAAACCAGACAAGGCACCAAGGUUCUGGACCUUGGCCACGGUACCGGCAUUUGGCUCUUAGAUAUGGCGGAGAGAUAUGCAGAAGCCCACACCGAAUUCCACGGAGUCGACCUCUCGAAUAUGGCACCACGACAUGUGCUCCCUCGUGUCAACCUGUACCAGCAUGUCGACUUCGAAAGUCCUAUGGCUCUAGGAGAAGACUCCUUCGAUCUCAUUCACAUGCAGAUGGGCCUUGGAAGUGUUGCGAAUUGGCCGUUGCUGUACCAGAAAAUAUACAAACAUCUCAAACCUGGUGGCUGGUUUGAGCACGUUGAAAUAGAUUGGACACCUCGAUGCGAAGACAACACUCUUCCACCUGGGAAACUGCAGGACUGGUGGCAUCUAUAUGUCAAAGAACCAUACAAUGUCGUUGGUCGGCCAAUCGAGUACAAUCACAAUACUGGAGGACUUUUGGCAGCCGCAGGCUUCUACAUUCCACCUGAUGGAGCAGGUCAUAUGACCUUUCGCAUCCCUAUGAAUGGCUGGUCUAACCGGACAAGAGAGGAGCAUGUAUCAGGGACAUGGUGGGAGACCGCCAUGUCCUUCGGCGAAGGUCACGGACACGGCUUUGAAGCUCUGAGCAUGGCUGUACUUACCAGAGUACAACGAUGGUCAGCCGACCAUGCGAGAAAGCUUUGUGAAGAUGCCAUGACGGAAGCCAGUAAUCCUACAAUUCAUGCUUUCAACGUCUUGCACGUCGAGGGGCUAAUUGCGGAAGGCCGCAAGAUUGUGAUUGUGGACGGACAUGUGGUCAAAGCAGAUGCAUGGUGUCCGUAUCACCCUGGAGGUGAAACAGCCAUACUACAUAUGGUUGGAAGAGAUGGUACAGACGAGAUAAGAGCCCUUCAUUCCGCAGAGACGCAGGCGUUUAUGCAAAAAUUUGUCAUUGGAAAAAUUGAAGGACAAUGGGACAAUUUCUUACCACCUAUACAGGGCGGUACCUUUCGCAAACCCGAAGAGACUGAGCAGGCUAGCAAUGAACAACCGGGAGACGAGAUAGCCGAGAGCAGUAGCUCAGCCAGCAGCACAUCAACUCCUUCACCACUCUUUGAGUCGACCGAUGGCAUGCGCAGGCGACGAAGAAGCUCUGUAUCUUCUGCUUCGUCUUUCGAGCUUCCUGGAAACGAUGUCCAUUCCAAGCCGUUGUCUAUGGACGAAAUCACGUCACAGCAGCUUGAAGCUGAUCUUCGGAAAUACCCUGCUUUGGAUCGCAUGGUUCAAGACGAUAUUGUGACAAAGUAUCGAGCUCUCGACGACCAGCUGCGGGAUGCCGGCUUAUACAAGUGCCCAUACACUGCUUACGCUUUCGAGGGUCUGCGAUACCUCGCCCUUUUUACCUCGUUCGCUCUCUCCAUUCACUAUGGCCAAUAUGCACUGGCUGGGCUCUUCCUCGGCUUGUUCUGGCACCAGCUAGUAUUCACUGCUCAUGAUGCCGGCCACAUGGGCAUUACCCACGACUUCCACACCGAUACCUGCAUUGGCAUCUUCAUUGCUGAUUUUCUAGGAGGUCUCAGCAUAGGUUGGUGGAAGCGCAACCACAACGUUCAUCACAUUGUCACGAAUUCGCCGGAACACGACCCAGAUAUUGAGCACAUGCCAUUCUUUGCUAUAUCUCAUCGCUUCUUUGACUCCCUCCGCUCCACCUACUACGACAGAAUCAUGGAUUUUGAUGCGGUAGCUCAAUGUGUUGUCAAGUACCAACACUACCUCUACUAUCCGUUGCUGUGCUUUGGCAGAUUUAACCUAUAUCGUCUCAGCUGGGCCUACCUCUUGAGUCCGACCCAAGCCCCACGAAAAGGACCCGCUUGGUGGCAUCGUUACCUGGAAAUUGCUGGCAACCUCUUCUUCUGGUAUUGGUUCGGCUACCAGACAUUGUACCUCAGGAUACCUACGUGGUCUUCAAGGCUCGCCUUCAUCAUGAUCUCACAUAUGGUCACUGCACCACUGCAUGUUCAGAUUACACUCUCCCACUUUGCAAUGAGCACGGCUGAUCUUGGCACUCGCGAAUCGUUCCCGCAGAAAAUGCUUCGGACCACUAUGGACGUCGACUGCCCCCAAUGGCUGGACUUUGUCCACGGCGGCUUGCAGUUCCAAGCUGUACAUCAUUUGUAUCCACGAAUCCCCAGACAUAAUCUGAGGAAAGCUCAACCGAUGGUUGUGAAGUUUUGCGAUGAGGUCAAGGUACCCUACACAAUCUAUGGCUUCACAAAAGGCAAUCAAGAAGUGAUUGGACGACUCUCAGAGGUCGCAAAACAGGUUGAGAUUUACGAAGCGUGCCGGAAAGUUGCUGCGAAAGACCUUGUGGAGGGACACGAUCACCGUCACUAA